AGUACUUCCGGUUUGGGUCACUUCCGGUUGUUCGGGUUAUUGGCGCGUUAAAACUGUUUUGGUGAAGUGAGCCGACAGCCAGUAUGGCGUGUAAAAGAGGAGCGCUGAUCGUGCUGGAGGGAAUGGACAGAGCCGGCAAGACCACGCAGUGUAAGAUGCUGAUCCAGGCGCUGCAGCAGAGCGGCAGAGCCGCGGAGGCGAUGCGGUUUCCCGACCGGACCACGACCAUCGGUCAGCUGAUCAAUGCCUACCUGGAGAAAAAGAGUGACCUGGAGGACCACACCGUGCACCUGCUGUUCUCUGCCAACCGCUGGGAACUUGUACCAGCGAUGAAGAGGAAGCUGGAGCAGGGUAUCACUCUGGUGGUGGACCGGUACGCCUUCUCCGGGGCGGCUUUCACCAGCGCCAAGCCUGGCUUCUCUCUGGAGUGGUGCAUGAACCCCGACGUGGGGCUGCCAAAACCCGACCUGGUGAUGUUCCUGCAGCUGAGCCCGGCCGAGGCGGCCCUCAGAGGUCAGUUUGGGAACGAGAGGUACGAAACCAGAGUGUUCCAGAACGCGGUUCAGCAGAAAUUUGAGCUGCUGAUGAAAGAUCCAUCAGUGAACUGGCAGGUGAUCGAUGCUUCAAAGAGCGUUGAGGAAGUUCACAGAGACAUCACAGUCCACAUCCUUAAUGCCAUCAACAUAGCAGAGAACGUCCCACUGGGACAGUUAUGGAAGUGACAAGAAUCGGAUCACCCGGCUCUAACAAAAGUCAAACAUUGAUUAUAUUUUAAUUAGUAUGAAUUCUUAUUGUGUAGUUUCAUUGUAAUUAAACAGACCUUUUUUAGUCAAAA